CUUGGACCCUGCGACUACCACCAAGACUUGUACGAUGACUUCGACUGGGUGCAUGUCAGUGCUCAAGAGCCUCACUAUUUGCCGCCUGAGAUGCCUCAAGGAUCAUAUAUGAUAGUGAUUUCUUCAGACCACGACCCUGGAGAAAAGACUCGACUCCAGCUUCCAACAAUGAAAGAAAAUGAUACUCACUGCAUCGACUUCAGCUACCUUCUGUACAGCAAGAAUGGAGCAAACCCGGGCACUUUGAACAUCCUGGUUAGGGUGAACAAAGGGCCGCUGGCUAAUCCCAUCUGGAACGUCACCAGCUCCACUGGCAAAGACUGGCUUCGAGCAGAGUUGGCUGUCAGCACUUUCUGGCCCAAUGAGUAUCAGGUAAUAUUUGAAGCUGAAGUCUCAGAUGGGAGAAAUGGCUACAUUGCCAUUGAUGACAUCCAGGUUCUGAGUUACCCUUGUGAUAAAUCUCCACAUUUCUUGAGGCUGGGGGAUGUAGAGGUCAAUGCAGGGCAGAAUGCUACAUUUCAAUGCAUUGCUACGGGGAGAGAUGCAGUGAAUAACAAGUUAUGGCUCCAGAGAAGAAAUGGGGAAGAUAUUCCAGUUGCUCAGACUAAAAAUAUCAAUCACAGAAGAUUUGCUGCUACCUUUAAGUUGCAAGAGGUGACAAAAACUGACCAGGAUUUAUACCGCUGUGUGACUCAGUCAGAGAGAGGUUCGGGAGUGUCAAAUUUUGCUCAACUUAUUGUUCGAGAGCCGCCUCGGCCGAUAGCACCCCCGCAGCUACUGGGCGUUGGGCCCACGUACUUGCUCAUUCAGCUGAAUGCCAACUCAAUCAUUGGGGACGGACCCAUUAUCCUGAAAGAAGUGGAGUACCGAAUGACAUCUGGGACCUGGACCGAAACCCAUGCCGUCAAUGCACCAACUUACAAGCUCUGGCACUUGGACCCCGACACCGAAUAUGAGAUUCGGGUGCUGCUCACCAGACCGGGCGAAGGUGGGACUGGACAGCCAGGACCACCGCUCAUCACCAGGACCAAAUGUGCAGAACCUAUGAGAACACCAAAAACGUUGAAGAUUGCCGAGAUCCAGGCCAGACACAUCGCUGUGGACUGGGAAUCUCUGGGCUACAACAUCACUCGUUGCCACACAUUCAAUGUCACUAUAUGCUACCACUACUUCUGUGGACACAACGAGAGCAAGGCGGACUGCUUGGACAUGGACCCCAAAGCACCCCAGCACGUUGUGGAUCACCUGCCUCCCUACACAAAUGUCAGCCUCAAAAUGAUCUUAACCAACCCAGAAGGGAGGAAGGAGAGCGAGGAGACCAUUAUCCAGACAGAUGAAGACGUGCCAGGCCCUAUACCUGCCAAGUCGGUGAAAGGAACUCCUUUUGAAGAUAAGAUCUUCCUCAACUGGAAGGAACCUGUGGAUCCAAAUGGCAUCAUUACUCAGUAUGAGGUCAGCUAUAGCAGUAUACGGUCGUUUGAUCCUGCAGUUCCAGUCGCAGGACCUCCGCAAACCGUGUCAAAGCUGUGGAACAGCACACACCACGUCUUCUCACACUUGCAUCCCGGUACUACUUACCAGUUCUUUAUACGUGCAAGCACCGUGAAAGGGUUUGGACCAGCAACCACAAUCAAUGUAACAACCAACAUCUCAGCUCCCACUUUACCGGACUAUGAAGGAGUCGAUGCAUCUCUCAAUGAAACCGCUACUACAAUAACUGUACUUUUGAGACCGGCACAAGCCAAAGGUGCACCUAUCAGUGCCUACCAGAUCGUUGUUGAGGAGCUGCACCCGCACCGAACGAAGCGAGAAACAGGUGCCAUGGAGUGCUACCAAAUCCCCGUCACCUAUCAGACCGCUCUUAGCGGAGGCUCGCCGUAUUACUUCGCUGCUGAGCUGCCCCCAGGAAACCUGCCGGAGCCAGCCCCCUUUACUGUGGGCGACAACAGGACUUACCAGGGUUUCUGGAACCCGCCGCUGGCUCCUCGGAAAGGCUACAACAUCUAUUUCCAGGCCAUGAGUAGCGUUGAGAAGGAAACCAAAACUCAGUGUGUUCGAAUAGCUACAAAAGCAGCAACAGAAGAACCUGAGGUGAUUCCAGAUCCGGCUAAACAAACAGAUCGAGUGGUGAAAAUAGCAGGAAUAAGUGCUGGCAUUCUGGUAUUCAUCCUGCUUCUCCUUGUUGUCAUAUUGAUCGUCAAAAAAAGCAAACUUGCGAAGAAGCGCAAGGAUGCCAUGGGGACCACCCGCCAGGAGAUGACACACAUGGUGAAUGCGAUGGAUAGGAGUUACGCUGACCAGAGCACCCUGCAUGCAGAGGAUCCCCUUUCAAUCACAUUCAUGGACUCUCAUAACUUCAGCCCCAGAUUGCCCAAUGAUCCACUUGUGCCGACAGCUGUGUUAGAUGAAAAUCACAGUGCGACAGCAGAGUCCAGCCGGCUCCUGGAUGUCCCUCGUUACCUCUGCGAAGGCACAGAAUCCCCGUACCAGACUGGGCAGCUGCACCCUGCCAUCAGGGUGGCUGAUCUGCUGCAGCAUAUUAACCUAAUGAAGACCUCUGACAGCUAUGGAUUUAAAGAGGAGUAUGAGAGUUUCUUUGAGGGGCAGUCAGCUUCUUGGGAUGUCGCUAAGAAGGAUCAAAACAGAACAAAGAACCGCUAUGGAAACAUUAUUGCAUAUGACCACUCCAGGGUGAUUUUGCAACCUGUUGAAGAUGAUCCAUCUUCAGAUUACAUUAAUGCCAACUACAUAGAUGGGUAUCAGAGACCAAGUCACUACAUUGCAACCCAAGGUCCAGUUCAUGAGACUGUGUAUGACUUUUGGAGAAUGAUAUGGCAGGAGCAAUCAGCUUGCGUUGUGAUGGUCACAAAUUUAGUGGAAGUUGGGAGAGUCAAGUGCUACAAGUACUGGCCUGACGACACAGAAGUUUAUGGUGACUUCAAAGUGACUUGUGUAGAGAUGGAGCCCCUUGCGGAGUACGUCGUCAGGACCUUCACUCUGGGAAGGAGGGGCUACAAUGAAAUCCGUGAAGUUAAACAGUUUCAUUUCACCGGCUGGCCAGAUCAUGGAGUUCCUUACAAUGCCACAGGCCUGCUUUCCUUCAUACGGAGAGUCAAAUUAUCUAACCCUCCUAGUGCAGGGCCUAUUGUUGUCCAUUGCAGUGCUGGUGCUGGACGAACAGGUUGUUAUAUUGUGAUCGAUAUCAUGUUAGAUAUGGCAGAAAGAGAAGGUGUUGUGGAUAUCUACAACUGUGUCAAAGCCUUACGGUCCCGUCGCAUCAACAUGGUACAGACAGAGGAGCAGUACAUCUUUAUUCAUGAUGCCAUUCUAGAAGCUUGCCUGUGUGGAGAAACUGCCAUUCCUGUCUGCGAAUUCAAAGCUGCUUAUUUUGAUAUAAUUAGAAUAGACUCUCAGACAAAUUCUUCGCAUCUCAAAGACGAGUUUCAGACUCUGAAUUCUGUGACCCCUCGCCUGCAAGCGGAGGACUGCAGCAUAGCCUGCUUGCCAAGGAACCACGACAAGAACCGCUUCAUGGAUAUGCUGCCACCUGACAGAUGUCUGCCUUUCUUAAUUACUAUUGAUGGGGAGAGCAGCAACUACAUCAAUGCUGCUCUUAUGGACAGCUACAGGCAGCCAGCAGCUUUUAUUGUCACACAACAUCCUUUACCAAACACUGUGAAAGAUUUCUGGAGAUUAGUGUAUGACUACGGCUGUACUUCUCUUGUGAUGUUAAAUGAAGUCGACUUAGCACAGGGCUGCCCGCAAUACUGGCCUGAGGAAGGGAUACUGCGGUAUGGUCCUAUCCAAGUGGAAUGCAUGUCGUGUUCAAUGGACUGCGACGUCAUAAACCGAAUUUUCAGGAUAUGCAAUCUAACAAGACCGCAAGAGGGCUAUCUGAUGGUGCAGCAAUUCCAGUAUUUGGGAUGGGCUUCUCACAGAGAUGUACCAGCUUCCAAGAGAUCCUUCUUGAAGUUAAUUCUUCAGGUAAAAAAAUGGCAAGAGGAAUGUGAAGAAGGGGAGGGCCGGACCAUCAUCCAUUGCCUAAACGGCGGUGGCCGGAGCGGGAUGUUCUGUGCCAUCGGCAUUGUGGUUGAGAUGGUAAAAAGGCAGAACGUGGUGGACGUUUUCCACGCCGUGAAGACUUUGCGGAACAGUAAGCCCAACAUGGUAGAAACUCCGGAGCAAUAUCGCUUCUGCUACGAUGUUGCGCUGGAGUACUUGGAAUCCUCUUAGUCGGAAGGGAUGUGACAAAGUUCACCAAAUACAUGAAUCUC